AUGGCCGACCCCAGAGUUGAAGAGCUUCCCGAUGACGAGCCCGUCACCAAGCCCACCGUCGAGGAGGACGACGACAGCUCCGACUCCGAGAUCGAGACUGGCGACGGCCCCUCCGGCUCGACCGUCCAGAUCCACUCCCGCAACGAGAAGAAGGCCCGCAAGGCCAUCGAGAAGCUGCACCUGCAGAAGGUCCCUGGCAUCACCCGUGUCACCCUCCGCCGCCCCAAGAACAUCCUGUUCGUCAUCAACAACCCCGAGGUCUACAAGUCCCCCAACAGCAACACCUACAUCGUCUUCGGUGAGGCCAAGAUUGAGGACCUGAACUCGGCCGCCCAGCAGGCUGCCGCCCAGCAGCUCGCCGCUGCCGGUGAGCACGACCACGCCGGCCACGACCACGCUGGCCACGACCACGGCAAGGCUGCCGAGGGCGAGGCCAAGAAGGACGAGGAUGAGGACGAUGGUGAGGAGGUCGACGCCGAGGGUCUCGAGGACAAGGACAUCGAGCUCGUCAUGACCCAGGCUGGCGUCUCCCGCAAGAAGGCCGUCAAGGCGCUGAAAGAGAACGACAACGAUAUAGUCAACUCCAUCAUGGCCCUGAGCGUCUAG